UUACAAUCGAUAUACGACAUGGUUCGAUUAUUUAGACGUUCGCUUAUAAUUUUGUUUCCAGUAUUUGUUUACAUCUUUGCUGCCGUUACUCAAAAAUAAAUUUACUUUUAUUGAAAUAAACAUGUCGCAGGCCGAUGUUAAACACAAUUUACGAAAGCUGGAUUUUCCAGCUUGCGCAAAGGAAGCGCUGCCACGAAUAGAGACCAUUGUUGUUAGCCGAAGUAAACAAAACUUUGCCAUACAACUCAUAUCAGAGUUUGUUUUUAUGGAGAGAUCCAAGGAUCAAGUGGAUAUACGAAAAGGACCAUUACCAGUCUCUCCAUUGAAUUCUUUUCAAGAAUUUCAAUUAAUACUUGUACUUAUCGAGUACUUUUCUCAACCUGGACCAGAUGCUACGCGCAACGUAGUAUUCCUUUCACUCUUUGGUAGCAACCUUACACCUCAACGUUCUAAAAUCCUGUGUCGCUUAGUAAGUACUGCAGUUUCUGGCUCAGUCGCACCAUUACUAUCAUCCGCCGGUACUUGGAUGCAACAAGUUGGUUGUAUGAAUCAACCAAGCUUGGAAGUAGCACAAAGUUUGGUUAGUGAUUUUAUUACCUUUUCACGAAAAACCUCUGAACAAUUCAAACAGUUGCCAAUGGUUGCUCCUCAUUUUGCUGCCAACCUUAUGACAACCGUAGCAGAUUUAUAUAUGAAUGAACAAAAUAGUGCACUAACGCCACCACCAGAUGCACUUUUAGAUAUAUUCACCGAAUGGAUAAGCGAAAAUCCCUCUUUGUGUUUGGCAUCGCAGCAGCCUUUAGCUCUACCAAGUGGUGCCAUUGCAAUGCCCGUUGUUACGCCUUUAGCUGGACUCCUACGUUGGGCGGUGCUUGCGCCCAUGUUUUCUAAUCGCAUUUCUUAUAGUAAUUUACAUUUAUGGCUCUUACAAACGAUGCUACAGAUAGUAAACUCGGGUCCACCAACAGCAUUAAACGCACAACAUGUAGCACAAAUGGUGACGCAACUACAAGCUUACGUAGCACGUUUGCAGACUGAUAAUGUAGAACCCACAAAAGAUGCAGCAUACCAAAAGAGCGUAGAAAGAUUGGCACAAGCAGUGCAGGUCGCAAUAAAAGUCAAUUGCAUGUACGGAAAUAUACCACAGUUGUUGUGUACAUUGGAAACGCUGCCGCCACAUCCGCUUAUGACAAUGGUUAUAAAAGCAAAUAAAACAGUUUAAGUGACUUAGAUUAUUUAUUUUUAUUAAAUCUAAAACUUUUUUGCAAAUAA